UACGACGUAUUAUUGACCUUCGACGCGGAGGUGAACUAUAUAUGGUGGUCAAAAUGGAGCUGGGUCAAGGUGUUAUUCUUCCUGACUCGAUAUUCUGCACUUGUAGAGGCUAUCAUUACCAUAUAUCUUCAAUCGAGCACGGAGAUGACACCUUCAAGCUGUUCCACUUUGUUCAGUGUCACUGGUUGUAAGCGUCGUUAUAAUGCCCUCUAUGGAUAUCAUGCUCACUUGGUUAUUGGAUGGUGUUUUCAAGGGAUGUUUAUGUUUGGAGCCGCUGCAGCCGAAGCGAUCAUCAUGCUGCGAACAUGGGCUAUUUGGGACCGCAAUCAAUUCGUCGCGUAUAUACUCGGAAUCACAUUCGUCGGAACAUUCAUUCCCGCGUGCUUUUUUGUCCACCGCUUUUUGAUAUCUUUGCAGUUCGUGCCCAUGGCCGAGUUGGGAACUCUUUCGGAUGGUAGAGGCUGUUUCAUCACUCAGUCAAACCACGUCGUUACGGGCGCAUAUGUAUGCCUGAUCGCAUUUGAUUCUGUCGUUGUUGCUCUCAGCCUUUACAAGGCUUACGAGCUCGGGUACUCUCAUUUGUCACGUUCUAAGUUACUGCAAACAUUAUAUCGGGACGGUACACUGUAUUAUAUCGUCUUGCUUGCAUGUUCUGUCAUCAGCAUCGCCGUCAUUUUAGCAGUGAACCUUGAGUUCGUUAUUCUCUUGGUCACGAUGCAACGUGUCUUGUAUGCAGUUCUCUCGUCGCGGAUCCUGCUCCAUAUUCGCCAAGCG